GAGUGCAACAACCCCAUGGUCAAGGUGAUGGGUGACCCUGGGGUGCAAAGAACACCCCGCUGCCCCAUCCCCUCCAGAAGAGGAGGUGCAGGCGGUGUCCCCCACUCCACCCAUCCCAGCAGCACCCGCAGCGGUGCCACCUCCCGGAUUAUCGAGGCCGAUUGCCAAAUCUCGCUGGGGCAGCACAGCCGGCUGUGGAGAGCGGUGGGGAUGGAGGGGCUCAGCGUGGGCAGUGUCCUGCUGACCGGCUGCGAUGGCGGGCUGGGCCUGGGGCUGCUCAAGGGCCUGCUGGAGCAGCCCAGCCCACCUCGGCACAUCUUCGCUGCUUGCCUGGACCCCCAGGGCAAGGCUGUUAACGAGGUGGCUUUGGGCUUUCCCAACGUCAUGAUUCUGCCUCUAGAUGUGACAGACCCCAACAGCAUCAAGGCAGCGGUGAGGAAGGUGCGGGCAGAGGUGGGAAGUGCUGGCCUCAACCUCCUGAUUAACAACACGGGCACCACGCGCCGCAGCACCCUGGCCACCGAGACAGCAGAGAACAUGAGCCUCGUCUACACCACCAACACCAUCGGGCCCCUGCAGACAAGCCAAGCCUUCCUGCCCCUGCUGAAGGAGGCGGCUGAGGCCGAAGGGCAGCGUGAGAUGAGCUGCAGCAGAGCUGCCAUCAUCAACAUCUCCAGCAUCCUGGGCUCCAUCGAGGUUGCGGAGGCUUGGGAGGAGAGGCAGGACAUCUGCUACCGCUGCAGCAAGGCUGCUCUGAACAUGCUCACCAAGUGCCUGGCCCUGGAGUACGGGAGCAGCGGGAUCCUCUGCGUGUCUGUGGAUCCCGGACACGUGACACCUCCCUUGGAACAGGGGAUGGGCCCGGUGACGCUGGAGGAGAGCGUCAGAGGUGUCCUGCAGCUGCUGGCCCAGCUCUCAGCCACCAACAAUGGCACCUUCUGGGACUGGAGAGGGCAGAGGCUGCCCUGGUGAGAGCAGCAUCUGCCCACUGAGCUUAAAUAAUUAAUUAAAGUGAAUUAAUUGCCAUUUCCAGGCUCACUCUGAGUCGGGGGUGGGAGGCAGGAUGGCCAGGGGAAUAGAAACAGGGAUGCACAGGUUGGGGGACGAGAGUUGGAUUCACUGGCCCCCUGGCCCGGGGUGCUGAUUUGUCCCAGGGAAGCAUAAGGAAGGAUGCUCCAAGUGUGUUCCUGAGCCCAAAGCAUCUCCUGGGGCCAGGAUACCCCAUGGCUAUCCUCACUCUAGGGCCAGAAGCCAUACUGCUUAUGGGGACAUCCCAGACAGCCCCCAAACUCAGCCCUUCUCCUGCUGAGCCAGCCCCAAAACCAGCUGGCCUUUCCAUGCCCACCCCAAAGAUGCUGCCAGGCAUUUUCCUUGCUGGUUCAAGGCCAGCAAAGGUUCUUCCCGUUCCAGCAGCUGGGGGGUUUCACAGCAGAGAUCUCCCAAGUCUCAGCACAUGCCUAAAGAUGUCUUUUGAGACCAGGACAGGGCGUCCUGGACUGACCUUCCCUGAAUCCAUCCCUGGAUAUUGUGAAUCCAUCCAUGGAUAUUGUAAACAGGCUACCAUUCUUGAUCCUGCGAGUGCUUCCCUGUAGAGGCUCUCAGCUGUCGUUUUUGAAGCCAUCUCUCAGAAGAGGGACCAGAAGAAAAUGCACAAUAUCUCAAGGGGGCUGGACACGCAGCCCAUUGCUGCGGGGAUGCUCUGGGAAGCUUGGCAGGGGUCAUUUUGCAGGGACAGCUUCAGUUUCCCCACAGUGGAGGAGGAUGAAGGAUCAUUCCCACAUUUGACACCAGGGAGUGGGAGGUUGGGGCUCAGCCCCAGGUGGGUCCCUGGACCACACAGGGACUCAGUUAAAGCCAGCAGGGAUGGCAGAGAGGGGCCCUCUAGUUAAAGCUCUUAUCGAGCAGUGGAUCUACUGGUGAGUUUUAUAUGAGCU